AUGUCUAGACCUAGCGGCCCGACGCAGGGAUCGCAUGUUUCGCAAGCGCGGAGGGCCGAAGGAGCCAUAGCUACCGCGACCUCUCAAAAGGCGGCACUGGAGGCUGCUAUCGAUGCUGCCGAACAUUAUAUGAGAGCUUUGCACUUGGCCUCAGCAGACGAUAGAGAUAUUCUCGAUUCUAAAUGCAGGGAACUCCUAACACGAGCCGAAAACAUUAAAGUCGCCGAGAAUUGGCAAUUGGUUGCCCGCGCAAGAAGUAUUACUGGCCCGAGGGCCCCCGCAUCCAAGCGGAAACUCACGACCCGCGAGCAAAUCAUCAUUUUGGAGGGUGCGAAGCUUAACGGCUUUAUUUUUCCACCAUGGAAGGGCCCACCACCUCCCCAGGAAUUUGUGGCUGAAGAUGGACCGUUCACGGACUCGCCCGAUCUGCAUCUCUCCGAGUGCCAGCAUACUAUUUUUGCAGGAUGGAGGAGACCAGCCGACCUGCUUCGUACAAGAAAUGCGGCAGACCAUCAUUCAGUUGAACCGGUCAUAGCAGUGACGAAUACGACCGAUCUAGUCCAAGAUGUUCUGACUGAUUGCUCCGUCGUCGCCAGUCUCUGUGCAACAACCUCGCGAUCAGAGCGUGGUCUGGGCAUGCAUGCUUCCCCGGUGAUGUAUCCACGCGAAGGUGACUCAACACCGAAGUUAUCGCCCUCCGGAAAAUACAUUUUUUCCUUCUACUUCAAUGGAAGCUUCCGAAAAGUGGUCAUCGAUGACCGGCUUCCAUCCUCCAAUACUGCCAGGUCAUUGCACGUAAUUGACCGCAACAACCCAAAUUUCCUGUGGCCAGCUCUGGUAGAGAAAGCCUAUCUCAAGAUCCGCGGGGGCUAUGACUUUCCUGGAAGCAACUCAGGGACAGAUCUUUGGGUACUGACGGGAUGGAUUCCUGAACAGGUUUUCCUACACCAUGAUGAUGCCACCUCUGAUGAGAUAUGGGGGCGCUUGUACCCAUCAUUUUCUAAUGGCGACGUCGUGCUGACGAUCGGAACUGGCAAGUUGACCGAGUCAGAACAACAAGGUCUGGGCCUGGUGAGUGAGCACGACUAUGCAAUUUUAGACAUGACAGAGGUACGCGGACGUCGACAAUUCUUAUUGAAGAACCCGUGGGCGGGCGCAGAGCCGACCGUGCAGAGUAGAGGCCCUGUUUCAUUUGACUUGUCAACCCUGCCUUCGCCUCUAUCUCCAGGUACGUUCUGGAUGGACUGCGAACAAGUCUUGCAAAACUUCGAAAACCUCUACCUGAAUUGGAGUCCGGGCCAGUUCAAGUAUCGUGAGGACAUCCACUUCACUUGGGAUCUUUCACAGGGCCGUGUCAUUGCCGGAUGCUUCGUCAAGAACCCACAAUUUUCGGUCUACAGUGAAACUGGCGGUAAAGUUUGGCUUCUCCUAGGAAAACAUUUCAAAACCGCCGACCACCAUACAUUUGAUGCGACGGAACUUCCACAUGGAUUCAUCAGUAUCUACAUAUUCCAGGCUGAUGGCAAGAGGGUCUCUCUCAGCGAUGGAGCGCUUCACCGUGGACCAUAUGUGGACUCGCCAAAUACUCUGAUGAGACUGGAUAUGCCCCCAAAGACUAUCUAUACAGUGGUUGUUUCGGAACAGUCCCUGCCAUCUUCUACUCAAAACUUCACACUCUCUGCGCUAUCAGAAUGCCCCGUGUCGCUCGCACCGUCGAGAGAUAAAUAUCUUUGUCUCAACAAAGCAAGUGGUUCCUGGACUGCUUUGACCGCUGGCGGCAACGCAGAGUCCGCUCGAUAUUCGUCAAAUCCACAAUUCAGCCUUCAGGUCUCAGAGAAGACUGAUAUAUCUAUUCUUCUCGAAUCCGAUAACCCCGAGCUUGCAACCCACGUCCGGAUCUUCUGGUCCAAUGGCCAGCGUAUCUCAAGAGUCCGCAGUCGAGACAUGAUUGCUGACAGCGGUGACUACCGCCGAGGAUGCGCGUUGGCUGAAACAAGAUCCCUUGAAAAGGGGGUAUACACUCUUGUUUGCUCGACAUUUGCCCCCGACCAGCUUGGUCGCUUCACACUCUGGAUAUCUUCUGAUAUUCCUUGUGUGGUACAGCCGUUGGCCUCGGAAUCUGCUGGUCGUCGGGCUACCUUAUCUAGAGUUGGGGUUCUCUUCCCGGGAAAAGAUCGGAUGCUAGCAUCAUUACAGGUCUCUCGUCUGACACGAAUCAAAUUGAUUGCCAGGAGCAAACGGUCGACAAUCGGCUCUAGAUCUGUCGCGCCUUCACCUGUAUUGAUGACCGUGGAACGCGGACAGGGACCCUAUAAAGAAACUCUUGCCGUUUCAGAAGACGGUACACAUUCUGAUGCGGCAUCAGGAGUUCGGAUUGAUGACUUUGAUUUAUCUGACGGCCGCACCAGGGUGUGGAUAGUAAUUGAGAGGAUUGGAGGACCCGGUGGGCAGGUGGAAGACCAUUUCGAGGUCGAGGCGCUUGCUGAGGAGCGGGUGGAGAUCGGUGAAUGGAUGGUGGAAGAUGCGUAA